AAUCCUUCCUUUCUGCCUCUUGGUGAGGGAAAUAUGAGCAUCUUUGUUCGACUCAACAAUAUUGUGCCUCUGCUGUGCUUAGAACAAUGUAAUGUCCAUGCUAAGGUAUUGUAUACUGGAGAUGCCCAAGCGCGCAUGCAGAAAAAGUUGACUUUGCAUAUGCAUGAUUUGAAAGACGUCCAUUUUUGGGGACAUCGUAAAUCGUGAUGAUCGUGAUGUGUCAUUGUAAUCACACAGUCACACACAGACAUGGGGAACACGGCACAAGCGCGCACACGCACAUCCACUGUCUUCUCAUUCUUGCCUCGCCUCACUCGAACAACGCACGCACGCUCGCACUCCCGGUCUCUUUCUUGCACACGCUUCUAUUCUAUAUGGACAUUGUCAUUAAUAUCGCCAUUGUUCGUAUCAAACGUUGUUGCUUUUUGGUACUAUCAGUUCAACGCGUGCACAGCUGAGAACUACACAGUGCCGUUGUUUCAUAUGCAGAUGCGUCCCUUUGUGAUCUGACAUAUCCGUGGAACGUACAUCUUCAAUAGGAGGCUCCCCAUUUUUGACUAUUCCAACGCCUCGGUUCACAACACACCAAGAUUAAGUUUUCAUUAUCAUGUGACAUUCCUUUUUGUAAAUAGAUCAAAUAUGUGUUUCUGACAUGCAUUAUCUUUAUAAAACUAUUAAUAUGUCAACAAGUCAACGUCGCCACCCAACAUAUGUUAGUGACUGUUAGUGAGCACAAACAUUUAAUUUUAAUAUAUCAGAAGUCUCAAGAUCGGACCUCAGUUAUGUUGACAUCCAAAUAAUUUCAUUUAUCUGUUAAUUCUGAACAUUUCAAUAUUUUUUGGCUCUCAUCAAUACGUGGUUUGCCUAUUCAAAGCGGCCUCAAAUAAUUGUACCUAUUAUAAUCCUAAACAUUUUUGUUUGUCCGUCUGACAGGUGUGUCUCCUCAUUCGGUAUACAAUGUGUAAAAUGCAAAAACGUUUCAUUUUAUCCAACUACAGAAAUAACAAACAGAAAUAAUACCAGAUUAGGAUUAUCCAAUAAACACUACGCAUGCAAUUAAUGUAAAAUGGUUUGGUUUGGUUGUGGAUUAGGGACCCUCUGAGCUGUAAUCGGAAAGUAUGCAUACGGAGAUUGAAGAAUUGCCUAUUUCUUUAGAGCGGCUCGACAAUAGAAUUAUCAUGACAAAGGCCACUGGGCCAGUCUCAAAGGUUUAAUUCUUGAAAAUAAACUUUGGAUUUGAGGAAAGAACCUUUUAGAUGACCAUCUAUGGCCAUCACGAAUCAACGUGUUUUAGGAGAACGUGGAGUAAAGCAAACCUGUGGACAACCUCGUCGAUCUAUACUACAGUUGUUACUAUUGAUCAAAUGUCACCUCUUUGAACGCAGGCGUUUGAAAGUUACUCUAUUUAUCAGGGAUAAUUUUUUUUAAACCGUGGGAUAGUAAUGUAUGUCUUUUCAGAGCGUUUUGUGUUUUGGUUAAUAUCAUUUAACGUCAGAGCAUAGUUUAUCACUAGGGUACAGUCGCUGACCUUUUCUAAAGAUGGUGUGGUAUGAUUUGGUAUGGAGUGGGGUUCAACAACAUUCCGACAUUGGCUUGCUAUAUGUAGACAUCGAUGAGCAAAAAUUAGAGAAAACACAUAAGUUAGCUUUACUCCAUAUAUUUAUGCUUCAACCAACGCACUGUGUGUGCGUGAGAGUCACAGAGAGAGGAUAGAAACACACACGCGCACACACACUUUAUCCUACCUACACUGUGUCUGUGUGUGUGUGUGUGUGUGUAUGGUGUGCGUGCACGCGCCUGCGAGCAUGUGUGUAUUACUUUUAUCACGCCGUGGACAUUUUCAUUAACAACUGUUUCAAACGUUCUUUAACUGGGCCUAUGUUACGAACCAAGUAGUCCACAGCAUAACUUGCAAAUAUUCUAAAAAUGUAUCUCAUAUACCAGUGGAUUGUUACUAUUGCAUAUGGAACAUCGACUCACUUAAAGUAGUACACUGAGUUCAUAUAUCAUGUUCACAAAGGGUUAUUUUUGCUUUGCACUUUGGCAAACCAAAAUAUCAGAACCAUGCAAACGACGUUGUUUAAUCAGUCAAUCAGUAGCCUAAGUAAUAGUUUGAAUUUUCCCUUACUCUUAUUUAUACAACUUGGGCACAGGUUUUCAAUCUCCCCAGGUUUCUAACCUCCCUAGCAAUGUCAUAUGAUAACAUAACGCUACAUCUUCUUUUAUAAGUUGCCCCGAAACAUAACAAGGUCUUCAAAAUAUGAAAACACCUAAUAGACCAACUCUGUUUGAAUCACAAAAGCAGCAUUGGCACUCAUGCAUGCAACGUGCUGCCAACAUACAACUUGGUCAAUUUAAGUCCAGGUGAGAGAUUUUACAGUAGCUUAGCAUAAAACUUUUAUCUCACACUAAUAUUACUAAAUAGUCUUUCGUGUGCAUUAGCACCAGUUAGAAAAGUACAUGUGACUUUCAGAUAAUCAAGCUGACAAUGGCGAAAGUACGCUAUUUACCUCAGUUGUAGAUAUGUUAUGUUAUCGUCCGCUCUGUGAGUUUGUGAAGAUGCCAUGCAAGAAGCUUAGCCUACUAAAGCAUACAGCACACCGUUGGAUGCCUCGAAUCAGAAAACCGAAAACAGCCAUUCUGAUGUGAUGUUUGAGAACAUAGAAUAGAUUGUUUCAAGACAUUAUUUUGCCCAAAUCGUUCUCCGUCAAUAGCUUAGUAACUUUGUCAACAUGUAAUGUAUAAAGAAUACUGAAAUGAAUUUACAAAAGUAUUCUCAAGUCUUAAGAGUGGGCUGUAGUCUUCAACACAGUGCACCUCGACAUCUGUGAAGUUACGCCGUGGUGUAUAUCGACUUUAUUAUCGUGUAAUUAGUUUGAAGUUCUUUACGUUGUUUUAUAUUAUUCGGCAGUCCCACUGCACAUGCUUAUAUUCACCGCAAACAUUUCAAUUCACGUUAAAGAUUUUCUUUUCUAAAGGCUCAUGGAGUUGCAUACAGUACGGAUACAAUACAGUGUUGCUCGGCUUUGAAAGUUUUUUUCAAUAGGAGCAAAGAAUAAAAUAACGCAUUUUACAUUACGUACACAUUUUCCUCAUAAAAUAACAUACUAAAUACGGACGUUUUACAUUUACGUUCUAUAUUUACAAACAGGGAAAAGAACGCAGUAAAUGCAACCAAACAGCAAUGCCGCGACUGUGCCGCCACUCUCCACUAUUAACUUUCGCUGUCUUCCUUCUAAUCAAACUCUUACUUUCCGCUGUACCUAAUUCCAUAUUUUCAAUUCCUGAUCAUUACUUUCCUCUUUUUCUUCCUCCAUCUAUCUAUCCAUCCCUCCCUCCCUCCUCUUUCUCUCUCCCUCCCUCCCUCUUCCUAGCUCUCUCCUUUGCUGAAUCUUAUUGAUCCAGAAGGUGGCUAAUUAGCCCUUCCCGUCGUGCCUGUGUAAUGAAGCACAUGCGCACUGAAUUAAUCACAGCCAUUUUUUGCAGGAAACUAAUUAGCAGGAAUAAAGAUCCAAAGAGUUUUUUUCUUUUCAAUCAUCAGAUCUCACUUUCACCUCUUCCUCUCUCCCUCCAACACAAGACUCAUCGCCUGCUUUGCAUCCAAAUUAUUUUUAUAUUGCCUUUACAACUAAUACUUCGUUUUUUUUACUCUCCGCAACAACAAUGAUCUUUCUUUUGCCAUCCUAAACGCAAACUGACCAAAAGGGACUGCCUUGAUGGGAUCUUUAGCCAAACCGUCUCUAUACUGGAUUAAAAAGCGAGGAUCUCAAAGCGGCAGCAAAAAAUUGCCUGGAUGCGAUGAACGCCUCAUGUAGGCAUCAGCAUGGAAAGCUGUGAGUCUCCCGUGGUUUCUGGGACAGACGAUGGGCUCGGUUCCUCCACCACCUCCCAACAGCAGCAGCAGCAGCAGCAACAACAACAACACCCCACACAACCCUGGAACGAUCUCUCUAGCUCACAGGUCCCUCCCAGCAGCCAGCCCCCUUCCCUGGAGCCCCUGUCUCUCUCUGCUCCCUACCCCUCCCAGCUCCAAACCCCCAGCACACCUAGAGAAGGUGUGAGAGAGCAGCAGCAGACACUGACCACAGCCCAGGCCCCCAACGACAGCUCUGUGUCGGGCCAGCUGCACACCCAUAGAGAGAGGCUCGAGGAGGAAGAGCAGGAGGGAGGUAGCUGCGAAGAGGACGAGGAUUUGGAAGACUUAGACGAAAUGGAGAUUGACAGCUGUUUCCCGAGCCUGCAGGCCUUCCCUGGUAUGCAGAUCGCGCCCGGCGGAGGUGGCAUGCCCACCCUCAUGCGCCAGCAGCCCGCCCGGCGGAGGGGCGCAGCAGAAAGCGGGAGCGAGGAAGGAGAGGAGGAGGAGGAGGAGAGCAGCGAUGUGGAGAACCUGGCAGGAGAGAUUGUCUACCAGCCCGACGGCUCAGCCUACAUCGUGGAGAGUCUCAGCCAGCUGAUCCAAAGUGAUGGGGGCAUGCCACCCGGCUUGCUUCCCACAAACUCUCUCUCCAGCUCGGGGAAGUCGGGCGAACUUGCCGGUACCUCGUCCGCAGUGUACCCCCACAUCAUCAACACGUUCCACAUAGCCUCAUCGUUUGGAAAGUGGUUCGGCUCAGACCAAGGUUACCCCAAUACCUCAACCCUGGCAGGCCUCAGUCCUGUCCUGCACAGUUUCCGCGUCUUUGAUGUGCGGCACAAAAGCAACAAGGAUUACCUAAACAGCGACGGGUCUGCCAAGAAGUCCUGCGUAUCCAAAGAUGUACCAAACAACGUGGAUUUCUCCAAAUUCGACGGGCUGGCCCUCUACGGCAAAGGGAAGCCCAUCCUUAUGUGUUUCCUGUGCAAGCUGUCCUUCGGCUAUGCGCGCUCCUUUGCCACCCAUGCCGUCCACGACCAUCGCAUGACCCUAUGCGAGGAUGAGCACCGGCUCCUGGGCGACAACCAGGCCUCAGCCAUCAUCCAGGGCAUUGGCGAAGACAAAGAGCCCCUCAUCAGCUUCCUGGAACCAAAAAACAAGAGCUCGCCUCCACCGCCCACCAUGAUGCCCGUAAACUCUGGCCAGAGCUUCUACGGCACAUUCAGUGGUGUUCACCUGGAGACAGGCAGCGGCGGCUGCAGCAGUGGGGGGAGUGAGGCCCACCUGGGCAAAGACUCUGAGUCGAGUCUCCAGCAGCAAGCCCUCCUCGGUAUGGGGGUGCUCGGCAACCCCAAAACUCCUUCCCUUACCUCGACCCCAGGCCCUGCCAAAGACUCCAGCACCCUGCCUAAGCUGCAGGGUGGGAGAACAGAGGGGCCUGCUGGGAAAGAGGGGACUCACAGAGGGGAGGAUAGGGAAGGGGAGAGCCGCGAAGGCAAGGCACACCUCCCGGGCGAGGAGGUGGGCUUAGAAGAGGAUGAACUGUUAUUAGAAGAAGAGGAGGACGAGGCAGAGGACGGAAGCACUUCGAGGGCCAUCGUUGGUGGUGGUAGCAGCGGCGGCGGUGGCAGCAGUGGCGGACAUGUGGGGGAACCGGCUGUCUCAAACCAAAGCAUUUCCAAAUCUCCUUUAUUAAUGCCUAGUAGCGCUCUCCAGCCUCCCACUUGCCCAUCUGCGGCCAGCCCCACGCUCAACAGCAAAGCUACGGCUUCCUCUUCCUCAGGCAGGGUGUCCGAGGAUGGGUCAGCUGCAGACAAUGGGGGGAGAGUCUCGGAGCUCCCUCUGAGCUUUAACUGCCAGGGGUCAUCUGUACCCGUGGCGAUGGCGGCCACCGCCGGCAGAGGGAGCGAGGACGACGGAGCCGCGUGCUCUUCCACGGGCAACUCCUCACCUCUGGCCUCCAGCGCUGCAGCUGACGAAAGUGCCAAUCGAGAUAGUGCCACAGCUCCAGAACCAAAUGAAUGCCCCGCCGAGGGGGAGGAAGACAGCGGCAACCUCCUAAACCAUCACCACCUGCACCACCAUCACCACCACCUGCACUCCUCGCCCCACGCCCAUGGACACAUGCAUCUGCACCAAGGCAACCCCUGCGAUUUGCUGGGGGUUGGUGAGUGCUCGCAGAACCACGGCGUCGGCGGCAACGGGGGAAGCGGGGUGGAGUGCCCCAAGUGCGACACGGUCCUGGGCUCCUCACGCUCCCUGGGAGGCCACAUGACCAUGAUGCACUCUCGCAACUCGUGCAAGACGCUCAAGUGUCCCAAGUGCAACUGGCACUACAAGUACCAGCAGACGCUGGAGGCCCACAUGAAGGAGAAGCACCCAGACUCGGGUGGCAGCUGUUCGUACUGCAGCAGUGGCCAGAGCCACCCGCGACUGGCCCGCGGCGAGAGCUACACCUGCGGCUACAAGCCCUUCCGCUGCGAGGUGUGCAACUACUCCACCACCACCAAGGGCAACCUGAGCAUCCACAUGCAGUCGGACAAGCACCUCAACAACAUGCAGUCGCUGCAGAACGGAGGCACCAUUGCUUCGGCCAGCGAGCAGGUGUGUGGUUACGCCGGUGGAGGGGUGGUGGCGGUACCGUCGGCCCCACAAGUCAGCACGCACCACCCUGGGCAACACCACCCUGGGCAACAUCACCCCGGGCCCCACCACCCCGGGCCCCACCACCACCACCCAGCCCAGUCCUCCACCCACAUGGCAGGGCCCUGCAGCACGCCGUCGCCCACCAAGCCCAAGAGCAAGCCCACGUGGCGCUGCGAGGUGUGCGAUUAUGAGACCAACGUGGCGCGUAACCUGCGCAUCCACAUGACCAGCGAGAAGCACAUGCACAACAUGAUGCUCCUCCAGCAGAACGUCACCCAGAUGCAGCACGGCCGCCUUGGCCUGGGUGCCAUGGCCUCGCCCUCCGAGGCCGAGCUCUACAAGUACUACCUGGCCCAGAACAUGAGCCUGCCCCCGGGCCUCAGUAUGGACCCUACCGGGGCUGACGCCCAGUUCUUGCUCGGAGGCUUCCACCUGGACCCCAACAUGGCUGCCCUGGCUCCAGCGCUAGUAGGUGGAGACCUCCCCAUGGACAUGCGCCUGGGCAGCGGUCAGCUGGUGUCUGAGGAGCUGAUGACGCUGGGCGAGAGCCUGUCCACCGACCCGUCGCUCAAGCUCUUCCAGUGCGCUGUGUGCAACCGCUUCACCACCGACAACCUGGACGUGCUGGGCCUGCACAUGGGCGCCGAGCGCAGCCUGCCCGAGGAGGAGUGGCGCGCCGUGCUGGGCGACUCGCACCAGUGCAAGCUCUGCCACUACACCACGCAGCUCAAGGCCAACUUCCAGCUGCACUGCAAGACGGACAAGCACGUGCAGAAGUACCAGCUGGUGGCCCACAUCAAGGAGGGCGGCAAGGGCAACGAGUGGCGCCUCAAGUGCGUGGCCAUCGGCAACCCCGUGCACCUCAAGUGCAACGCCUGCGACUACUACACCAACAGCCUGGAGAAGCUGCGCAUGCACACCGUCAACACGCGUCAUGAGGCUAGCCUGAAGCUCUACAAGCACCUGCAGCAGCACGAGAACGCGGUGGAGGGCGACGCCUGCUACUACCACUGCGUGCUGUGCAACUACUCCACCAAGGCCAAGCUCAACCUGAUCCAGCACGUGCGCUCCAUGAAGCACCAGCGCAGCGAGAGCCUCCGCAAGCUGCAGCGCCUGCAGAAGGGCCUGCCCGAGGAGGAGGAGGAGCUCAGCACCAUAUUCACCAUCAGGAAGUGCCCCUCCGCCGACACCGGAGAACUGAGUGAGGAUGUGGAGGCUGCCAGUGAGAUCACUACAGACCAGGAGGACCAAACCAAAGACAGAGAGAGUGGGGGGGAAAAGGAGCUCACCAAAGGGACAGCAGCAACAGCAGCCACAGCAGCAGCAUCAGUGGCAGCAGCCAGCCAGUCGGAGAGGGAGCGGUCGGAUUCCCCGGCUCCCUCCAAGCGCCCAUCCUCGAGGUCUGGGGCUGCGGAGAGCCCCCUGUCCUCCAAGCGUCCCCGGACAGCUGAGAAGAGUGCUGCAGAGCAGAUGUACCAGUGCCCCUACUGCAAGUUCACCAACACGGAUCUGAACCGGCUCAGGAUGCACGUCAUGACUCAGCACUCGGUCCAGCCCAUGUUCCGCUGCCCGCUCUGCCAGGACAUGCUCAACAACAAGGUUCACCUGCAGUUCCACCUCACGCACCUGCAUAGCGUGGCGCCCGACUGCGUUGACAAGCUGAUUGCCACUGUGAGUGUGGCGACUACAGAAACGUUGCCAGCAAGCAUGUUCAUACCAGUCCCCAGCCCGGAAAGGGAGGCACAAAGCACCCCCCAAUCCACAGCCAACACUGGCAAUGAUGACAUUAAGAAACAGACAGAAACCUUAGAUGCUGACCCUGAGAAAGUUCCUUUUUCUGCAGAGAUGACUGAAACUCGCAAGUCACCUCUGGAGGAACACCAGUCUGGAAGAGAAGAUGCAACUGGUUUUCUGUGCUGGAAGAAAGGCUGUAACCAGGUCUUCAAGUCCUCCAGCUCUCUCCAGAUACACUUCAAUGAAGUCCACAACAAAAGGCCUCAGCUGCCUGUCUCUGACCGACACGUCUACAAGUACCGCUGCAAUCAGUGCAGCUUGGCUUUCAAGACUGUGGAGAAGCUCCAGCUCCACUCCCAGUACCAUGUCAUCAGGGCUGCCACCAUGUGUUGCCUGUGCCAGCGAAGCUUCAGAACCCUACAGGCGCUGAAGAAGCACCUGGAAACAAGUCACCUGGAGCUAAGCGAGGCCGAUAUCCAGCAGCUCUAUGGAGGGUUACUGAUGAAUGGAGAUCUAAUGGUCAUGGGUGAUCCCUCUCUUGGUGAAGACCAAGGCAUUCUGGCAGAAGACGACAAAGAAGGAGAGGAGAGUGAUCCAGAAGAAAAGCAGAGUCCUACUGGCAGUGAUUCAGGUUCUCUCCUAGAGGAUUCUGGAUCAGAGCCCAAGAGAGCCCUGCCGUUCAGGAAGGGUCCCAACUUCACCAUGGAGAAGUUCCUAGAUCCCUCUCGGCCUUUCAAAUGCACAGUCUGCAAAGAGUCCUUUACACAGAAGAAUAUCCUGCUUGUACAUUAUAACUCUGUCUCACACCUGCACAAGGUGAAGAGGGCCCUACAAGAGACCACCGCUGGCCAGCCAGAGCCAACAAGCAGCCCUGACAACAAACCUUUCAAAUGCAGCACUUGCAAUGUGGCAUACAGUCAGAGCUCCACUCUGGAGAUACAUAUGCGGUCUGUCCUCCAUCAGACUAAGGCCCGUGCAGCCAAGCUUGAGGCAGCAGGUGGAAUUACAAGCCCUGUAAACACUGGACCAAGUGGAGGGGCCUCUAACACCAUUAGCACUUCUACACCCAGCCCAAUUCCAGUCUCCAACUCCACAUCCAGUUCAAGCAACCGCAGCUGCUCUCCAGCAGGCGUCCAGACAGUGCAGAGUAUGCUGAGUGGCAACCACCUGAGCCAGUCACACAACACUGACAGCCAUGGGAACUCAGCUUGCCAUCCAUCUCCCUCUGAAAACCACGACAUGAAAAAGAAGAAAUUUGCGGACAUGCUGUCUGCCCGAGGCCACCAGCAGCAGCUCCAGCAGCAGCAGUUGGCCCAGGCCCAGGCACAAGCCCAGGCACAACUUCAGCAAGAACUUCAGCAGCAAGCUGCAAUUCUUCAGUCUCAGCUCUUCAACCCGCUUCUCCAGCACUUCCCCAUGACAACAGAUGCUCUUCUACCACUGCAGCAACAGCAACUGCUCUUUCCCUUUUACAUACCUGGGGCAGAAUUCCAACUGAACCCAGAGAUGAAUCUCAGCUCUCUUGGUUUAAGUAGCGCUUCAGCUGCUUUGCUGGAGGAACAUCAGAAGAAUUCAGCCCAGCAGGCCCAGCAGGCCCAGCAGAGCUGUCUUCAGCAGCAGUUAUUGCACCAUCACUUGCAACAGCAGCACCAAGCCCACUCUCAGGCCUCAAGCCAAAUGGCUUUGCUUCAGCAGAGUGCCCAGUACUCACACCAAGUUGAGAAGAAACCAAAGCAACCUGUUCAUCACAAUGAGAAAGAGCGGGACCUGCCGAAGGAAAAGGAAAUGAAUGAUAGAAUUGAGGACCACACCUCUAAAGAUACAUCUGAAAACAUGAAAUCCAAGGACAAGAAAGACAUUCAGCCUAGUGCUGUUAGUAUGAACCAUGAUCUUGGCUUUCCUCCUCCUAGAAUUGCCUCAGAUGCUCGAGGAAAUGCAACCAAAGCCCUGUUGGAAAAUUUUGGAUUUGAGCUAGUGAUUCAGUACAAUGAAAACAAACAGAAGGCACAGAGAAAGCCAACAGGAACUGCAUCAGCAGGCUCAACUGGGCCACCACCAAUCAGCCGAGUCGUCGAUCCUGUUGAAGGACUGGAGAAGUUAGAAUGUGAGGUAUGCGGCAAGCUCUUCUCCAACAUAUUGAUAUUGAAAAGUCAUCAAGAACACAUCCAUCAGUCCUUCUUCCCAUUCGGGUCACUUGAAAGGUUUGCCAAGGAGUAUCGAGAGCAGUAUGACAAGAUUUACCCAUUGAGACCUCAGACUCCUGAGGCUGCUCCUCCACCCCCACCACCACCUCCACCUCCUCCUCCACCUCCUCCUCAGCCUUCUCCUCAGAGAGCACCGACACCAAAUAUCCCUGUCUCUGCCCCUACUCCCCCAACUGUCCCCCCACCACAGCCCACAGUUUCUAUGGCUCAGAUGCCCAUGUCAAUGGACAUGCCUCUCUUCUCCCCACUUAUGAUGCAGUCCAUGUCCCUUCAGUCACUGCCUGGUCAAAUGACAGGUCAGCUAUCAUCUGAAGGACUGGCUAAUGAUCUUGCUCAACUCUACCAGCAGCAAAUGACCCCGGCCAUGCUGCAGCAACAACAGAACAAGAGACCUCGCACACGCAUCACAGAUGAUCAGCUCAGGGUUCUCAGACAGUAUUUCGAUAUAAACAAUUCUCCCAAUGAGGACCAAAUCAAGGAGAUGGCAGACAAGUCAGGGCUUCCCCAGAAAGUGAUUAAGCACUGGUUCCGUAACACCCUCUUCAAAGAACGCCAGCGCAACAAAGAUUCUCCAUACAAUUUCAACAACCCACCAAUCACUACACUAGAGGAUAUCAAAAUUGACUCCAAACCACCUUCACCUGAGCCUCAUAAAAUGGAGAGCUAUGGAAGCAAGAGAUCCUCGAGGACAAGGUUCACAGACUACCAGCUUAGGGUAUUACAAGACUUCUUUGAUGCCAAUGCCUACCCUAAAGAUGAUGAAUUUGAGCAGCUCUCUAACCUGCUUACUCUGCCAACACGAGUCAUUGUAGUGUGGUUCCAGAAUGCCAGACAGAAGGCUCGCAAGAAUUAUGAGAACCAGGGAGAUGGAAGUAAGGAUGGUGAAAGACGUGAGUUGUCUAAUGACCGUUACAUUCGCACCAGCAACUUGAACUACCAGUGCAAGAAGUGCAGCCUGGUCUUUCAACGCAUCUUCGACCUAAUCAAGCACCAAAAGAAACUCUGUUACAAAGAUGAAGAUGAGGACGGGCAGGAUGACAGCCAAAAUGAGGAUUCAGUUGACCUUUCUCAUGAGUAUUAUACCCCAUCUGGGUCUUCAGGCCACACCCCAAUGCCUACAUCCUCAAGCCUCUGCCCUCUCCCACCAUCCACCUCAUCUUUCUCUCACAUGACACCCUCAGAGAAGGAAGAGGCCACCACAGCAAACACAUCCAACUCUUAUGAUGAAAAGCCCAAGCACUCAGCUGAAACCUCCCUAGAUCACAGGGACAGCCAGCUAUCUCUGAAACAGGAGAGCCUGCACAUGUCUGAAACACUGCAGCCAAGACACUCUAGAGAAGAGAAGCCCCUGAUGGCUCCAAAGAACUCAAAGAUUUCAUCUCCCUCCCUAUCCCAGCAGCAACAGCAGAGUGGUCCUUCAGCCUCUCAGUCUAGCCAAGCUCCCUCUCAGAGCUCUCACAUGACACUGAAUCCUCACCUGUCCUCUGCUUCACAGCAACAGCUGGCCCAGCAGAUGAUCCCAUACCAGUGUGAGCAAUGCAAGCUGGCUUUCCCUUCAUUUGAGCACUGGCAAGAACACCAGCAGCUUCAUUUUCUAACUGUCCAAAACCAGUUUAUCCAUCCCCAAUUUUUAGACCGCCCCAUGGAUAUGUCCUUUAUGCUCUUUGACCCUAGCAACCCUCUGUUGGCAAGCCAGCUUCUCUCUGGGGCCAUGCCACAAAUUCCAAGCAGCUCAGCUACCUCUCCCUCAACACCAACCUCAACCAUGAAUUCCCUGAAGAGGAAGUUGGAGGAGAAAGUGGGCACCAGUCCAGGAGAGAAUGAUAGCACCAACAGUGGUGAAGAACCUCACAGAGACAAACGGUUGAGAACCACAAUUACACCUGAGCAGCUGGAGAUUCUCUACCAGAAAUAUCUGCUAGAUUCCAAUCCAACACGCAAGAUGCUUGAUCACAUUGCCCAUGAAGUUGGACUCAAAAAAAGGGUGGUGCAGGUGUGGUUCCAGAACACUAGAGCCAGAGAAAGGAAAGGGCAGUUCAGGGCUGUGGGGCCAGCUCAAGCUCACCGCCGCUGUCCUUUUUGCCGUGCCCUAUUCAAAGCCAAGACAGCCUUGGAGGCACAUAUUCGUUCACGCCACUGGCAUGAAGCUAAACGUGCUGGCUACAACAUGGCCCUGUCAAAUAUGUUGCCUGAUCACGAGGGAUUGCAGCUGAAGAUGGACCCUUUGGAUAUCUCAAACUAUUCUCACCUAAUCCCCUCCAACAACAAUGAUGGGCAGUGUUCUUCUUUGUCACCUCUAAAAAACAUGGAUUUGUCUCCGAGGGCCCUUAUGAGCCCCACAUCUAUUAAAGUUGAGGGAAUGGAGGAAUUUGAAAGCCCAUCCAUGUCCUCUGUGAAUAUGAGCUUUGACCCAAGCAAACUGGACAAUGAUGAUUGUUCCUCUGUGAACACCGCUAUCACUGACACUACCACUGGUGAUGAGGCCAAUGCAGACAAUGACAUGGCCGAUGCAAAGCAUGGCCACAUCAGCAGUGACGUUCUGUCCAAGUCUGGGGGGACAGCACCCUCCCUUGAGAAUGAGGACCAGAUGUCCUCAGGACUUGUGAGCCCGGCAACAAGUUAUUAUUAUAAAGAUUAUGAGAAUGAGAACAUUGUGGAUUACAGUGAGACCUCGAGUAUGGCUGAUCCCUGUUCGCCCAGCCCUGGAGCCUCUGGGAGUAAGAGCAUUGAUAGUGGAGACAGGCCUGGCCAAAAGCGCUUCCGGACACAGAUGACCAACCUCCAGCUGAAAGUACUUAAGUCCUGCUUCAAUGACUACAGGACCCCCACCAUGUUGGAGUGUGAGGUAUUGGGUAAUGAUAUUGGACUUCCAAAGAGAGUGGUGCAGGUUUGGUUCCAAAAUGCUCGUGCCAAGGAAAAAAAGGCCAAGCUCAGCAUGGCAAAACACUUUGGCAUCAACCAGACGUCCUAUGAGGGCCCUAAGACGGAGUGUACACUUUGUGGCGUCAAGUACAGUGCUCGUCUCUCAGUUCGAGACCACAUCUUCUCCCAGCAGCAUAUAGCUAAGGUGAAAGAGACUAUUGGGAGCCAGCUUGAUAAAGAGAAAGAGUACUUUGACCCAGCCACUGUUCGCCAGCUGAUGGCCCAGCAAGAAAUGGAUCGCAUUAAGAAAGCCAAUGAGGUAUUGGGCCUUGCUCAACAGCAAGCAAUGCAGCAACAGGGCAUGUUUGACAGCUCUGCCCUGCAAGCCCUGAACCUUCAGUCAGCUUACCCGAAUCUACAGGGAAUAUCCCCUGUUCUGCUGCCAGGAGUCGGCAGCCCUUCCUUACCAGGCUUUAACUCAUCGAACACAGCUUUAACUCCUCCUAAACCUCCAAACCUCCUGAACAUGCCUGGUGCCAGUGUCCCCUCACCCAGUCUCCCCACAUCUGGUUUACCCAACAAGCCUCCAUCCUCCUCCUCCUUGGCCUCACCAAGCCCAGCUCAGGCCAGCACUUCUGUUGCCCACUCGAGCCCCACAUCUAGUUCAACAUCCACAUCAGCAACUCAACAGCCGGGUUCCCGGGCUGAUCCCCCUAAGGAGCGUGAUGCUGAAAGGUCUAGGGACAAAGAAAGGUCCAAGGAGAAGGUAGAGAGGUCUGCUACACACUCCUCAAUGGGGGGAACUCCAGCACCCACCACCUCAGCUGCCAGUGCCAAGAAAGAGAAACCAGAUACAGCUGUUCCUGCCACCUCAAUGCCAACUCCUGGAAUGGAGUAUGUGGUAGACCCUGCCCAGCUUCAAGCCCUUCAGGCUGCCUUGGCAUCUGACCCUACAGCUCUGCUCACCAGUCAGUUCCUUCCCUAUUUUAUGCCUGGCUUCUCCCCAUAUUAUGCCCCUCAAAUACCCCAGGCUCUCCAAGGAGGAUAUCUGCAGCCAAUGUAUGGCAUGGAGAGCCUUUUCCCCUACAACCCAGCUUUAUCACAGGCUCUGAUGGGGCUUUCCCCAGGGUCCCUGCUCCAGCAUUACCAGCAAUAUCAGCAGAGCCUUCAAGAGGCGUUGCAGCAGCAGCAGCGGCAGCUUCAACAGAUCCAGCAACCCAAAGCGAGCCAAACUCCAGUUCCCACACAGUCCUCGGGGGACCGCAAAGAAACUGCCAAAGAUCCAGUGAAAUCAGAGGAAAAGAAAGGCACUCCCCCCAUUGAUACCUCUUCCUCUUCCUCUCACAAUAACCUACCCACAGAGCAGCACGAGAUGGAUGGCAAAGGUGCGAACCCCCUUCUUGACCAGUACAUCGUCCCCAAAGUGCAGUACCGGCUGGCAUGCCGUAAGUGUCAAGCUGUUUUCAGCAAGGAGGAAGCGGCCAUCGGCCACCUGAAGUCGAUCUGCUUUUUCGGUCAGUCUGUGGCAAACCUGCAAGACAUGUUGAUUAGAGUCCCCAGCAGCAAAAGUAGAGCAGAGGGAAGUCUUUAUGACUGCCUGGCCUGCGACACUACGCUAGAAGGGGACAAAGCGCUCAGUCAACACCUAGAGUCGGCCUUGCACAAACACAGAACAAUCAAACGAUCAGCCAGAAAUGCCAAAGAGCACGCUACUAGUUUAUUACCUCACUCUUCAGCCUGCUUCCCCGAUCCUAACACCGCAUCUACCUCGCAGUCUACCACUCAUCCAAACAGCACCCCCACUCCCCCACCAACAUCAUCAGCCACCAUGCCGUCCUCUUCUGCCUCUUCAUCCUCGUGCUCCUCUUCCUCUGCGGCUGCCCCACUCAGUACCACAGCUGCCGGCAAACCCUGGCCCCAGGCCCCUUUUUCCAGAGCUUUAGCUGGAAAGCCCAAUGCCGCUCCUUCUACGUUGUCAUCUUUUCCUUCAGUAUCCUCACCUUCAACGGUUACCUCAAGUUCAUUGAGCACCUCAGGGGUUCAGACCUCGAUACCAACAGACGUCUUUACUGACGAGUCUGACUCUGACAGCAGUCAGAAGUCAGCUGACAGACUGGGCCGAACGGCAGAGGAGACUCAGCCCAGCUGUCUCAAAGACAGUAGUAGUUGUAGUAGUAAUCUUGCUAGUGUAGGAACAGACUCCAUCAGAUUGUAAAAGAGCUUUCAAUGAUGGACAGUAUUUAAAAAAUGUAAAAGACAAAAAAAAGAAAAACACACAAAAAAAAAAACAAGACAAAAAAAGCAGCGAUGUUAAAAUAUGUUUAAAGGUAUACAAACCAAUUUCAAAAAAGAUGUGUAAAGACUAACUGCAAUUCCAAAGCUUGUAACCAAAAAUUUAAAUGUUAGUGGAUUGUUUUCCCAUAUCAACAUGCUGGUUUUUGUUUAUUUCAACUCAAAUAUAUAUAUACAUAUAUAAAUAAAUAGAGAAGAUCACUGCAGUUAAGUUUUGGCUUAUGAUAGAGGAAUGCUGUAUAGCAAUGGACUGCCUCAAAGUUGUUUAAAUGGCCCCUAAUCCCUAAUGACAAAGUACAAUUUAACACGCUGUCCCUUGUUUGCAAAAGUAUUUCCAUAUAAUAGCACAGUCAGCCAGUGUGUACUGUAUGGGAGAAUAGUCUUACAGUUUCUUGCGAUCUAAGCGUUCAAAUACCAAUGGCUUGCUUAAGUAAAACGAAUGAUGUAAUGUCUAUUUUAUUCUCAGGUCAACAGCUCACAAUUUUUUCUGUUACAGAAAAUCAUUACUUUCUUUUUUUUCUGUUUUGUUCCUAACAUCUAUGUUUUAAAGUUUAAUUUUAUUGGCAGAAAGUAUUCAAAAGUAAAGUGAAAGCAUAGCUUUCUGGGCAUUCAAAAAUGGUCGCUGAAUGGCUGGUUUUAAACAUUUAAAAAUCCUUCACAUGGGAAAUUAGCCCUCCCUCAUUACCCAGACAUGAAAAGCAUUGCAGACUUGUUGGUGGGGAUAAAAAGAUUUUUUUAAGAUAAAACUUUCUGUAUUUAUGAUAGAUAUAAACAUUUUUGGUGUUAAGUAGAUUGUUGCAUUGGAAAUGAAUUUAAACAGUAUGGUAGACUGAAAAAUCUUUGUGUACAUUUAGCUUUUGUAUUGUCCAACUUUAAGGCGCUUCAUUUGAUGUUGUCUUGGUCAUUCCAAUAGACUAGAUUAAGGAGCAGUAACUGAUCUAUACUUUAUUUCUGUCUUAUCCUUGCCUUCCUGGCUAACGUUCACCCAACUGCCAAUAACUGACAAGGCAGGUUCCCUUUUCUCUCAAGGGUUUUUUCUGUCUUCUUUUGGGUUGGUGUGAAUCCAACCAAAAACUAAAAGAAAUCUGAGGUGUUGAAAAAUUUCAAUUAUUUUUGUGUUACCUUUGUGCACUUACCACUGUCUAACUCUCCUUGCCCUUUGACCCCGUUCUCUCUAUUUCCGUCCCAUCCCUUUUUGAUUUUUAAGCCUUGCCUUUGUAGAUUUGGAGAUGGUUACUACUCCUUGUGCACUACAAAGCAGAUGUUUGUUUUUCAUAGUGUGGCUGCAGUCUGUUUAUGGCUUUAUUUUAUUAAUUUUUUAUGUCAUAUAUUAAAAUGAAAAAGAAUAAUAAUAAUAAUUCUCACGCUUUAAAACAAAAGAAAAUCCAAAGACUAAACACUUUCACCAUUGGUGCAUAAAGAUGAGAAAAGAGGCUUCUUUAUACUUGAGAAUUUGUUGCUGUUUUUAAAGGAAAGAAAACAAAGUUUUAAAAUAAAGGAGUACGCAUCAGAGUUGCCGUUUUUGCUUCUUUGCAAGCAGACAGGUGGCUUUUUUUACGUAAAAUACCAAGAAUACCAAAAACCAAAAAAGGGCCCUUGUCCUUGCAUUGUGGAGUAGCACCGUUACAGAGCCAUUGCAGUUUGUAAGAUAGAGGUUAAAAAAGCUCUCUCUCUAUUUUCUUUUCCUGUCACACAUUUUUUUUGUUGUUGUUGUUUGUUUUUGAAGAAAAUGUAUAAGGUCUGGUCUUUGAGGACAUAUGUUUUGCUGCUAAUGUAGAUUUUGAGAAGAAGAAUACCUAGAUGCAUGCUCAUUUUGCUUUUUGGCUAAGCUUUAACAAAAAGACAAACAAUAAACCAUUUCCCUGCCUCUGCAACAUCUUUUUUUCCCCUCCUUUUCUUCUUGCAAAAACGGAACUUUGAAGACUGUGAAUAUAUGUUCCAAAGGACAUUUUGGCUGAUUUUUUUUUUCUUUUUUCCCCCCCAAACAGACCAAUGUUUAAAGCCAAUGAUCUCUGACGUUUGUAAAGAACAGUGCAUUCCAAAUACCACAUCUGCAUUUGUUGACUUUGUUUUCUCUUAAGCAAGGACUGAUUCUAUGUCUUUCCUUUUUAUUUGGAUCCUAUUCUAUUUGAUCUCAUUUCUAAGAUGACUGUAAGCUGUUGUGUAAAUUUACCAUCGUGGGUUGCUAACAUCUCCACUCAGUUCCCUCGUUUGAAGUUACGGUCCGGGAGGAGGCUGGGGGUAUGAGACCCUCUGUGACCAGUAAAGGUUGUUGCUCACUUGAAUGAGAUGAAGUAAUAGUGGUUACCAAAAAUGUACAUAAUACAUGUGGUACAGACAUGUGUCUCGCCGGUUUAGUGUCAUCAUGCCUAUCAAUUUAUAACAAGACUCAGAAGGAAAUAAAGGCUGUUUAGCAAAGUCUGGAGUGGCGGCCUCCCAUCCUGGGAUAUCAAGCAGGGACUUGGCCCAGGUUUCUGCAGGGUGUUAAGCCAUUUCCAUGCAUGAAAUAUGGAUUACAGGUUACCAAGGGACAUCUUCAUUCCAAAGCAUUAUAAGACUGACAAAGGCAGGAGUCUCUUUGAAGAUGUCCCUUGUUUUAUUUGGGAUGGUGAAAAGGUAUCUCAAUGCCUUUAUGUCCAAAGAGGUCAUUCACUCCAACUUAUUACAAUGGAAAAGAAUAUGCUUUACAGAAAUCAUUCUACCCUCUCAUAAAAGCAAAACCUUUUUUAAAUCUUUAAUUUCUUCACCAAAACAAAUAUUUCAAUUUGUGAAUAACUGCUCUUGGCCACAAGUGUAUAGCAAGUGUAUUUGGACUAAUUAAUACAUUGCCGCAAUCUCGGAAGUGUGUCUAAAGUGUUGCGUCUCGCAGAGCAAUGUUAUUUGGUGUUAAUACUUGCGCAUGCUAUUGAAAUUGGUUAGAUUUGGUCUGCAAGCUUGCCACUCCUUUCAAGUCCUGUUACCUAGAAUAUUGUUCAUAUGAUUAUUUUUUAGAAUUCUGAUGUUGUACAGAUUAUUUUUGAAUGCUUUUGCUCUAUUUUGGUUUCAAAUAAUGUAUGACAUUUAUUAUUAUUAUUGUUAUUAUUAUUAUUUUCAUAUAUUUCAACUAUUUGUAUGUUAUUUUAUUUUUCUGUAUAUUAUUUCUUUCCUCAUAUAAAUUAAUGUUUAACACCAGCUUUAAAUUUGAAUCGCUUUUUUAUCUUUAAGACCUGGCCACUUUAUGGUGUAAUAAUAUUCCUAUGUUUGCUUGUUUUUUCAACACUGAUCUUCUCUUUCCAAAGUCUUUUUUGUUUUGUUUGUCUCUGGGCUCUCUUGUGAGAGACAAAGUUAUGUCUUCACAAUCAAUUUAGCCAGCAUGGACUGUGUUAGAGUGUGUGUGUGUAUGCGCGUGUGUGUAUGUAUGCGUGUGUAUGUCAGAAGAGCCAGCAUCAGUUUGCAUUUUUAUACUUUUUUUUUUUACUUUAAUUUCAAACCAAAACACAUGGAACUGCAUACCUGGAUCUUCAGUAAGUUGUUGAAGAUUUAGAUGAAUCAGAUAUUAAAGUAACAAUAAUUAGAACAUGCGGAGAACGAUGAUACUGAAGCACUGAGCAGUUUUGAGUCUGAUUUAUUGUAUGAAUGUGGCCAAAGCGUAAUGCAGUUGAACAAAAAAAGGAAACGUUUCUGUUUGUGCCCCCUGACCAGUGUAUAUUUAUUGUGGCACGACACAUCACACGGCUGAGAUGCGUCUACUCACAUUGGGAUACUUGAUUUUUGUGGACAUUUUACAGAGAUCGUAAAAGACAGGUUUUGCUGUAGAGGUCAUCCUUUUGCCCACUGUGAAAAAAACAUGUAUACAGAUAUAGAUAUAUUUAAAAAGAAGAAAUCGACUUUUUUGUUCAAAAAUGACAAAGAAGGAAAAAAAAAAAGUAGAUUUGAACUCUGGGAAACUUUGGAGACGUCUGAGAAGGCUGUGGGCACACCAAACUGGGACAGGGGAGCCAAAGGCAGACAGGGGCUGAGGCGGCUCGGGGCAGCACCGAGACCUUAUUUGAUCACUGACAAGUCCCCAGUGGGGACGGACUCUGGAACAGUGAGCAUUUGACGAAGAGCGCGUAGAGAGAGAGGAAAGAUCUCGGCUAUAGCGCUGAACCCCAGUAACUCGAGCCGCCCACACCCCACCCCCCACACCCCCUACCUUGUUUCUCUCUGUGUCUCCCUCUCUGCCCCGGCUCUACUUCUGCUUUGAUGGACAUUUUACGCACUUCUGAACAGGAUGGACAGUGACACUUGCUUCUUUUUUCCUUUCCCCCGUUCACGUUGUUGCUACCUGUUCCAUUUCCCCUUGCUUGGCUCACUGAUUGACGAAUGGCGCUCCGUGGUCAGAGGGUGGACUGACCCGCAGUGUCGCGGAGCCGGCCGAUCUCAUCCUUCUCGAACCCAUCAAAAGACGAUUCAAAACGCAAUGGGGGAGGGUGGUUUUUUUCUAGGCUGUCAUUCCUGAAGAAGCAGUUGAACACACAUACACAAACAAGCGAAACAACCAAAAUUAACAACCAAACUAACAAGCAACCAAACCAUUUGCUCCAAUUUCAAAGAUGAACUGUUACUGGAGCUCCCUGUUCCCUUUGUGACUCCUGGUGCCACAAUGUUACUUUAUUUUUCUGUUUUUAAUCCUUUCUUUUAUUCUUUUUUUUGUUUUACUUUUUGUUUUCAGUUAUUCCUCCUCCGAGCCUAACAGACAAGGCUCAGUGGCUCCAGGUAGCCCACCCGAGGGUAGAAGAAACAGCCUUGCAAUGUACAAAAAAGAGCAAGUUAAACCAAAAAUGUUGUUCUUGAUGUCUUUUCUAUACUGUAGUCUUGUUAGCUUUUUUGUUACUGUAAUUAUAUGAUGAAGAUUUCCAAACUGUACCAAAUUACAUGGAGACUAACAUACAUACACCACGUGGAACUUCAGACUUUUAAAGAAAACUUUUGUCACAAAACCUUGUUGUCCUAGUUAAGUUGAUUGUAGAUGGUAAUUGAAUAUACUCCUUUGAAAAUAUUUCAUCAAGUAUGUUUCUUGCUCAUUGUGAUACAUUAAAAAUUAUGAGCAUAAAA